AUGAAUCCUGGAUUCAGUUCAACAACGGGUAUUCUUAUUGCUAUGAGUCGCUUUCGUCAAAUAACUUACCAUGCGAAUAGACGAACAGUAGAUUUAGGAGCUGGACUCUUGUGGGAUGAUGUUUAUCAAGUGCUCGAUCCAUUAAAUAUUACCGUCGUUGGUGGUCGGGUCACUGGAGUAGGCAUUGCUGGACUUAUACUUGGUGGUGGUUACAGUUGGAAGUCAAAUCAAUAUGGUCUCAGCAUUGACAACGUAAUUGAAUAUGAGGUGAGCACAAAAUAA